UCAUUUUGUAAAAUCUGAUAUUUCCCUGAGGGAUUAAUUUAAUCCACUGCACACUUUCCCCCUUUAUGAUCUUAACGUUGCGUUGAAAUGACGAUUGAAACUAAUGUGUUUUUGAGUGAUGACAGGAUCUUUGAUCGGUGCCUCCUUGAAGGAGGAGUUCUUCGUGAGCAAACUAAUUACGGAUUUUGCCUUAUAUAUAUAUAUAAAAAAAGGAAAUACAAGGAUCGAACACUAACAAGAGCGGGGAUCCAGUAACCAGCAGGUCCUGGCAGCAGCAGAUGUAUUGUCACACUUUUUUUUUUUUCCUCGCGUGAGCUCCACCACAAGGUAUCCUUAAUAAGCCACACAUGUUCAUGAGCCCUGAGGUCUGACCAAACUUUGACCAAACCCUCCCAGGUAUCGUCCCAUCAACAGGCUCACAGUGUCUCUGCAAACCUGCCUUAAGCUGUAUGGAUUGAAGCACCAGACACAGCUACAUUUUCUUCAGCACAGCCCUUUCGACACCCCCUACACCUGACCUCGGUCACCAUCACCAUCACCCCACCCCCACCACUCCAAUCAUGCUCCCUCUCCAAAAAUCAGCGUGAUGGCUGGUGGUGCCUCGGGCUCGCCUGGAGUUAUUUCCUGCAGUAUCACCCUUCAACACACAGACUCGUUGACGCAGCAGGGACAAGACUGAAAGACAACAAAAAGACACGCCGGGGUGGAGAGGGCAGGCAGAGAGGGUUAACCGAAAAGGAGGACCAGCAUUUCACAGUAACAAAGAGAACUCAGCACUCCCAGUGGAAGAGGGAUCCACCUGUCCCACAGAGGAAGGGGACCCCUCCACCUGAGGCAUCAGGGACUAUGCAGCUUGGACUAGUGGUGCUGACAAUGGUCUUCCUCAGCUCCAUGGGUCACAGCGAUGAUCUUAAACUGUCCAAAGUGAGGAGACAGAGACGGGUUAGUACAGAGGGGCCACCAUCUUGCCCCAAAGGCUGUGACCGCUGCUCUGAGUAUAAUGGCUGCGUGAAAUGUAAGCCGAAGCUCUUCAUCUUCCUGGAGCGUAAUGACAUCCGUCAGAUAGGCGUAUGCCUCGCCUCCUGUCCCACGGGAUACUUUGGCAUGAGGAACCCAGAAGCCAACAGAUGCACCCAAUGCAAAAUAGACAAUUGUGAAGCAUGCUUCAACCGAAAUUUUUGCACAAAAUGUAAGGAAGGCUUGUACUCGCACAGAGGCCGAUGUUACAUCAGCUGUCCUCCAGGCCUGCAUACUGCCAAUGAGACCAUGGAGUGUGUCGGUCAGCCUGUUGUAGAGUGUGAACUCGGUGAAUGGAGCCAAUGGAGUUCCUGUAUGAAGAAGAACAAAACGUGUGGUUUUAAGAAAGGCUCGCAGUCUCGGGUGCGCGCGCCUCUUCAGCAGGUCCACAGCCCUUACACCUCUCCAGCCUUUACGACGUCACAGACCUGUGGACCACAGACAGAGAAAAGGAAAUGUGUGGUGACCAAAGUGCCCUGUGCGAAAGACCGGAAGAAUAAAAGGGAACGACAAGACGAGCGCAAUCGGAGAGGUGGGAGCAAGGGCAAAAAAGGCCAGAAAAUGACCACCGCUACUCCCAUUGUGACUACUAGUUUGGGGACAUAAAAUCCCAACACCUGCUGGUUGGGGCUGAGAGACAAAUGGAGACAGCGCUUCAUCCAGCAGGACUGGACCAGAAAAAUCACGAUAAAGUGGUGACAGAAUGGAUUAAUGCUGCUACGCAUUUCAGAAGAUGUGCAAAGAGAACUGGAGGAUUGCUGCUCCACAACAAGCCUAUCAGUAUUUUUUUUAUUAUUAUUAUUUUCUAUGAGACAACAAUGGGUACAAGAGCCUGUUGGCUUGGUGGUACUCUGAGACUCUUUUUGAUUUUCAUUCCAUUGUGACAGAUCACUGUUGGACAGGAAUGACACAAUGAAGAGUUGGUUUGCAUCACUCCUGGUUGUUUUUCAGUUGCAGAAUUCAAAGUGGACACAACAUGAGGAUAUCAUCAUUCUGUUAUUUAAUGUGUUUUUCACUGGUUAUUGAGAAAGAUGGAUUUUGUCACAGCAUGUCAUGUCAUGUUAAGAAAAUGAGGAGUAUUAAGUCAUUGUACCUUGAGUCUUUGGACCUAUUGUGAGAUGAAACAAAGUGAAAAGGCACUGGAAAUUAUUUGUGGUUGAUGAGGAGAGAUGUUGUUUUAUUGUAUUUUAAAAAUAAAAAAAACAGCAAAUCUCUAACGGAAGGAUUGCUGUUGACAUACAGUAUCUCAAAUCCUCAACAAGACUUUUAAAAGUUGCUGUUU